CGGCGGCGCAGGAGGGGGCGGGUUCGGCAAGGGCGCGGCCUCUGUGAGGGGAGCGCGAGACGCGCAUACCCCGCGCUCGCCGGGGCCACUCGGGAGCCUCGCGGCGAUCCGGUGCCCCACUUGGCAAUCCGCUCCGCGCUCCUUCCUCGCGCCCGCCUCCUCUUGUCACCUCCCGUCUCAGCCUCCUCGCUCCAUUCCGGCCGCAUCCACCGCCAUCCGAGUGCCUCAAAGAGCGAGAGGUGGUGCGCGGGACCGCAGGGCGCGCCCUCCGGCAGACCCCAGCCCGGCCUUGGCGGGCACGGGCGGCAGCAUGGACACCAAGCGCUGCUUCGCCAACCGCUUCGAUGACUACCAGGGCAGCCUGCUGGCGGGCCAGUGCGAGGAGGCGGUGGCGCCCUUGGUCACCGCCACCAUCGAGCGCAUCCUCCAGGAGCUGCCCCCGCUGGGGGGCGGCGCUGAGGGCCGGGGGGCGGCGGCCGCGGCCAGCAGUUGCCAGGGAGGGCUGUACGGCGGCGUGGCCGGGGUGGCCUACAUGCUCUACCACGUCUCUCAGAGCCCGCUCUUCGCCGCGGCCCGGGAGCGCUACUUGCGCUCGGCCAAGCGCCUCAUCGACGCGUGCGCCCGCGCCGAGGAGUGGGGCGAGCCGGACGCCGACACCCGCGCCGCCUUCCUUCUCGGGGGCGCGGGUGUGUACGCCGUGGCCACGCUUGUGUACCACGCCCUGGGCCGGUCCGACUACGUGCAGCCGCUGGGCAAGUUCCGGUCUCUGUGCGCCGUCUGCGCGCCGGUUUCCUUCCUCGAGUGCGGCUCCGACGAGCUGUUCGUGGGCCGCGCGGGCUACCUGUGCGCCGCGCUCGUGCUCAAGCAGAAACUCGCCCAGGAGGUGCUGACCCCAGCACAGAUCAAAUCAAUUUGCCAGGCGAUCCUGGACUCCGGGAAGCAAUAUGCCAUGAAAAAGAGGAAACCAUUCCCACUGAUGUAUUCUUACUAUGGAACCGAAUACUUGGGAGCAGCUCAUGGCCUGUCGUCCAUCCUCCAGAUGCUUCUUUCUUACCAUGAGCACCUUAAGCCCUCAGAUCAGGAGCUGGUGUGGCAGAGCGUGGACUUCCUUAUGGAGCAGGAGCAAAACUGCAACUGGCCACCUGAGCUCGGCGAGGCCAUCGAGAGGGAGAACGAGCUGGUGCACUGGUGCCACGGCGCCCCAGGAAUUGCCUAUCUGUUUGCAAAAGCUUAUCUGGUUUCCAAGAAACCACAGUACCUGGACACAUGUAUCCGGUGUGGGGAACUCACGUGGCAGAAGGGCCUGCUAAAGAAGGGGCCAGGGAUUUGCCACGGGGUAGCUGGCAGUGCCUAUGUCUUUCUGCUGCUAUACCGGCUCACGGGAAACUCUAAAUACAUCUACCGAGCCCAAAGGUUUGCUGAAUUUUUAUUUACCGAGGAAUUCAAGGCUGGUUCCCGGGUCCUUGAAAGUAUAUACAGCUUGUAUGAAGGCUUCUCCGGGACGGUGUGCUUUCUGAUCGAUCUGCUGCAGCCCAACCAGGCUGAGUUCCCUCUCUUCAGCGUCUUUGUUUAGAAGGCUCCGUGUCCCACCGUGGCCCUGCAAGAAGGUUCCUAAGAUUUCCUGAGCUUACUACCUGAGGCAGUUUCCACAUAAGCCACAUUCAAUGGUAUCACAACCAUGAGCCUUAACAUUGCUGUCGGAAGGGAGGGAGCAAGCAGGUGAAGGCAACGUGAUACCUGAUUGAAGGGAGAACAGCGUGAGAACCUGCAAACAUAAAGACACCACAACUCUUCUAAAACCCCUAGAGAUGGAAUAGUUCAGGGAAUAGAUGUGAGACCAGAGAUCAGAGGAAAAAGGGAAAGAGAAAUCAUCUGUCUUUCACUUGCGGGAUAGAAAACAAAAUUGAAAUGUGGACUACGGCAAUGAAAUGCCAAAAAUACCUUUGCAAUUGGAGAGAGAAUUUGACCAUUUGUGGGUGCCCUCCACCCCUAAAUUCAGAAAUAGAAACGAUCAGAAAACUAAAGUAAUUGCCCAGCUAAAACUGCUAGGAGGGACGUGUCAGGUUGCCGAAGGACAAAAAGGGAAACUCUUGGUUGUCCUUUGCCUUUACUUAUUGAAAUUCAUGAUUUUUAAUGAAUGGAGAAAUUUGCGUAUGAAUCGAUUUUUUAUCACUACCCUGGGCACUUUAAAGAGGUCAUAUCAUAACUUAGUUUAAACCCCCAAAUUCCAAGUUCCCUUAGGUCUUAGAGCGUCUCUCUUCCUGGGUUCCUUUUUCUUUCCGAAAGCUCAAUUAGAAUAGCAAAAUUCACAGGCUAGCAAAUACCGUAGCAAGUGUUAUACUGUCAAGUGUUUUUCUCAAUUUGAAGCAUAAGCUGUGUACUGUCUAUUGUGAGUAAUUUUUUAAAUGCUUAUGUAAUCCCUAUGAAGCUAUUAGCUGAACUGUAAAAUAUACUCAUGGAAAAAAUCACUCAUCUCAAAGAUCAGGGUAACCACUAUGAAGGUGGGUCAUUUCCGCCUUGGAUGGAAUACUGUGUCCCCUGGGACAGGCACACAGUGGCCUAGAAAGGGACCAGUGAUUAUGAAAAGAACACCGCUCAAUUUUAUACUGUAAGAUUAAGAGAUGCGUGAACUCCCUGGCUGAUCACCUUACCCUCCAAGACACAGGCUCCACUAGAAUUUGUCUACAAUACCCAGUGAGCCAAGUUGUCAUAUUAAAUUCAGCCCUGCCAUAAACACAUAGAAGCUGUAAAACUACUUCAAGUAAAUAGUGUUUCCAGAACGUUGUGGGAGCAUCUGUCACUUCAAUACUCAGAACAUGAGUUUAUCCAUUUUCUAGAAUUUGGUCAGUGUCAAUUACAUAUAUCAGAGUGAGGAGGAAAUUGCAUACUGUAUAAGAUUUAACAAUUAUUUAAAUAGUCAUUAAAUAUUUGGAUAUACGUGAUAGAUGUAGAAUAUGUAUCAUUAAGUGCUUAGGUUUACAUCAGGAUGUAUAUAUCUCUAGAUAUGUAUCUAGAUAGAUAGAUAGAUAGAUACCUAAGCGCUUAUUCAGUUCAGUAGUUCCUAACUUCUUGAUUCAUAGGUGAACUUUGGGAGGAGUUGGGGAAUAUUUUGUUGCCUAAAAAUGUGUGUGUGUGUGUGUGUGUGUGUGUGUGUGCACGCGCAUACACGCGCGCUCUUUUUUUUCUGGGAAGAGGAUCUCUAGCAUUCACAAGAUUCUCAAAGAAUCUGGGGCUGAAGAAAGGUAAGAACUGUCUGGAUAUUUUCUGACUUUCUUUAUGUUUGCACUCAUCAGAACAAACUAGGACAAAGUGGUUUUGAAAAGCAUGUAUGUUUGUAGCUCAUUGUUUCAUUUUCACAUCCUCAGAUAUAAGUAUAUAAAAUUGGCCUCAAUUGUUCAUCUUUGAACAUACUCAGAUUGGGGCAAUAGCAGCUUUCAGGUGACUCCCAAAGUUGGGUUCUACAAGUUCUUUCAUGAAUGGUCAAGGACCUCUCAGAAAGCCUUAAGACAAAAUGCCUUCUACAAAGUAGUCUCCUUUUGAAAUGAUGGUGGUAGCUGCUUUCCACCAUCUGGAUUUAAAUUCAUUUCAUCUGACCCCUAUAGGCUGACGGUAAUAAGCAUUCAAUAUACAGGGCUUUAUAGAACGCAUGCGUUUUUCAUCGUCCAGCAACCCUUCAAGGUGAUUUACGUAAUUGAUCCAAAGUCUCACAGUUAGGAAGGGGCAGAAUGAGGAUUCAGACCCAGGGUUUCACUUCCCACGUGUAUGUAUUUGGUAUUCUAGACUAGAAUCUGGGGAUACAGCAGUGAACAAAAUACCCUAGGAAGUUAGCUUCUGUUUCUGUUUGCUGAUCCUUCCACCAUUCAUCCUUAAGACCUAAGCACUAAGAAGUGAUAAUCUAGCUCAACAUACCAGUUUCAUCUCUAGGAACUUCAGAAAAACGGGACUCAUUUCUGCUCACCUGCCCUUCUAAGGUCCAGUAUGGUAACUAUGAUGUUGUUGUGCUAAUCGUUGUGGAAAGGCAACCAUUUUGUCAAAUCCAAGAAAAGGCCAUGUUUGUGUCUUUAUGAAUUGACACCUCAGUAAAUUAGAAACAAGGGUAAGCUUGUUUAGCACUUAAACAUGUUGAUCGUUUUUAUUUUCCUGAGAGUAGAAUUACAAGUUUGGGUAGGUCUUCUUCUAUCUUGUUUUCCCAAGAAGUGGGGAAAAGACCCUUUAGUGUUGCUGUAGAAAAGUGUGGCAUGUCACUUCUUGCUUAAUUAACCAACCUGUUCCGUUCAAUGUAUUAUCCUUUUUUGAAUAGCGCUGAAGUGUGUUGCCUCUUGAAGGCUAUGAGGGUAUUUUCACCACCACUAGUAUAACUUUAAUGUUAUUUACUAUAUGUGAUACGAACAAUUAUAAACCUGAAGGUAACAGUGGAAAUUUGAGGAUAGAUUGAAAGACUCUCUCAACAAUGGGGGAGACUGCCUUAUACUUGGAGAACAGGAAGUUUUGGAAAAUAUUACAACUCCGUGUAUUUUGUUUCAUUAACAAAAUUAUGUAUCUUCUCUUUCAUGUACCCCCCCCAUGUAUCUUUAUUUUGCCAUUUCAGUCAUCAGAUUUUACUUUUUUAUUCCAUUUGUAACCUGGUAACUGAGAACAGAGGUUUGAGAGCAUAUAUUCCCCUGUGCUUCUUUAGGUAAUUGACUACACUAUUAAGAUAAUUGUAUUCACUUUCUGAUAACUCUGAGAAACAGAGUCAUUUUCUUGGCCUGUGCUAAAUUGGAACUUUUCCAUGGCAAUUUGUAUCUUUAACUUUCUUUGACACACUUAAGGUUUUAAUCAAGACAGUGUUCAAGUUGUUUCCAUUUCUGUAGAGAGCAAAUCUCAAUAAUUUCAAUGCAACAAACGUAAGUUUGUGAUUUAUAGCCAUGUUCAGGGAACACAUGAUUAAAAGAAAAAAUAUUAGUAAUGCAAAGAGCCCUGUUUUGGAAAUCUCAAAUCCUUGCUCGGUGACCUCCAUGGGCAGCUAUAAUCAUCAUCAUCAUCACCAUCACCCUCUCCACCUCACAGGGUAGUCAGUGAUAAAAUGGAUAUAAGAGAGUUUUAUAAUAGGCAGGUCCUUUAUAUGUUUAAAAGGAAGGCUAUAUUUUAAGUACCUAUUACGUGCAUACACAACCAUGCUCAAUUAUGACUUCAAGUAGGCAUUUCAGCCAAAUGGAAUCUCCCUGUCUGGAUGCAGAGCUUGGAGUCUGGAUCACUUGAUGGGUAAAAACAAAGUAUGUUCUUUAUAUUCUAGAACCAAUCCUGACUAUAGCAUUUGUGCUUCAGAAAGUUCUGAUUCACUGGGGCUGAGUAAAAAGAAUAGGCUGGUUCGCUGGGGAGCUCCUUUUAAUGGAAAUACUUAUUUUGCUCACUGGAAACAAAGGAUUACAGUGCCAGUAACUUGAGAAAAGGAGCUGCAGGCCAGGUCUGCAGAGAAAACAUGAACUGGGAAAUAAAGUAAUUUGGGGUUGAGUUUGGUCUGCACUUUAAUUCAGGCCUCAGAACUGCAUGACAUAGAGCAAUAGAAAUAUACUCUCCACGGCAUAUAAGGCCUUCCUUUGGGGACGUGGAAGGAAACACUGUCCCAAAUCGACAGAAAAAUGACGAAGCCUCAUAUUCGCCAAGGCCAGGUGAUUUUGGUAUAAACUUGGCAAGGAAAGCAAAUGAGAAGGCAGGCAAGGGGGUGGGUGGAGGAAAGCUUGCCUCAGCCCAGCAUCUCAGCGUGAGUUGUGGAGGCAUGUUUAAUGCUGCUAAAAACCAGUCAUCUUCUAUACUACAAAGCUACAGUAAUCAAGACAGUAUGGUACUGGCACAAAAACAGAAAUAUAGAUCAAUGGAACAGGAUAGAAAGCCCAGAGAUAAACCCACGCACAUAUGGUCACCUUAUCUUUGAUAAAGGAGGCAAGAAUAUACAGUGGAGAAAAGACAGCCUCUUCAAUAAGUGGUGCUGGGAAAACUAGACAGGUACAUGUAAAAGUAUGAAAUUAGAACACUCCCUAACACCAUACACAAAAAUAAGCUCAAAAUGGAUUAAAGACCUAAAUGUAAGGCCAGACACUAUCAAACUCUUAGAGGAAAACAUAGGCACAACACUCCAUGACAUAAAUCACAGCAAGAUCCUUUUUGACCCACCUCCUAGAGAAAUGGAAAUAAAAACAAAAAUAAACAAAUGGGACCUAAUGAAACGUCAAAGCUUUUGCACAGCAAAGGAAACCAUAAACAAGAGCAAAAGACAACCCUCAGAAUGGGAGAAAAUAUUUGCAAAUGAAGCAACUGACAAAGGAUUAAUUUCCAAAUUUUACAAGCAGCUCAUGCAGCUCAAUAACAAAAAAACAAACGACCCAAUCCAAAAAUGGGCAGAAGACCUAAAUAGACAUUUCUCCAAAGAAGAUAAACAGACUGCCAACAAACACGUGGAAGAAUGCUCAACAUCAUUCAUCAUUAGAGAAAUGCAAAUCAAAACUACAAUGACAUAUCAUCUCACACCAGUCAGAAUGGGAUCAUCAAAAAAUCUAGAAACAAUAAAUGCUGGAGAAGGUGUGGAGAAAAGGAACACUCUUGCACUGUUGGUGGGAAUGUAAAUUGAUACAACCACUGUGGAGAACAGUAUGGAGGUUCCUUAAAAAACUACAAAUAGAACUACCAUACGACCCAGCAAUCCCACUACUGGGCAUAUACCCUGAGAAAACCAUAAUUCAAAAAGAGUCAUGUACCACAGUGUUCAUUGCAGCUCUAUUUACAAUAGCCAGGACAUGGAAGCAACCUAAGUGUCCAUCGACAGAUGAAUGGAUAAAGAAGAUGUGGCACAUAUAUACAAUGGAAUAUUAGCCAUAAAAAGAAACGGAAUUGAGUUAUUUGUAGUGAGGUGGUUGGACCUAGAGUCUGUCAUACAGAGUGAAGUAAGUCAGAAAGAGAAAAAUACCGUAUGCUAACACAUAUAUAUGGAAUCUAAGAAAAAAAAAAAGAAAAGAAAAGGUCAUGAAGAACCUAGGGGUAAAAUGGGAAUAAAGACACAGACCUACUAGAGAAUGGACUUGAGGAUAUGGGGAGGGGGAAGGGUAAGCUGGGACGAAGUGAGAGAGUGGCAUGGACAUAUACACACUACCAAACGUAAAAUAGAUAGCUAGUGGGAAGCAGCCACAUAGCACAGGUCAUAUCAGCUUGGUGCUUUGUGACCACCUAGAGAGGUGGGAUAGGGAGGGUGGGGGGGAGGGAGACACAAGAGGGAAGAGAUAUGGGAACAUAUGUAUGUGUAUAACUGAUUCACUUUGUUAUACAGCAGAAACUAACACGCCAUUGUAAAGCAAUUAUACUCCAAUAAAGAUGUUAAAAAAAAAAGUCAUCUUAGUCAUGGGUUUUAUUGCUUCCUGGGGCCACUAAUCCCAAACCACCCCUGAUUCAGCAACUUCUUGUCCUUCUCCUCUUAAAUAGUAGGUUCUGAUUUUUUUUUUCUGUGUCUGCUUAAUCAUGUGACCUCCUGUCACCUGGGAGGGCAGGCUUUCUCCUUAUCUCUUCCAUCCAUGUCAGUUGGUAGCUAAGAGCUCCAGGCUCAGGAAGGCUGGACUCCCCUCUGGGUGGAAGGGCCGAUCUCAAGGUCAGCAGCAGAAGGAGUUGGACCCAUUCUGCAGUCAGAUCACAGGUCCAAGACAGGCUAGCCGGGGUGCAGCUGUUCAGGAGAGGAGAACAGCGGCUGUGUUUAUCCUGCUUCUCCUCCAUAAAGAAACCUGGUCAUUUUAUUUGUACUGCUGUGGGGAAAAUAAAAAAAAAAUUGAUGCUACAUUAAAUAUCUGGGCCUCCUGCAUUAUCAUAAAUCUCAUACUGAGGGAGGGUGCCCUCUCUCUCCUUGUUUCUUUAAUUGCAAGUGGUAAUGAAUUGAGACCUGAUGGAUGGUGCCUGUGGGGUGGAAAAUAUAUUUGUUUUUAUUUUCUCAAUGAAGCUUGUCAUUUCCACGUGGACUUCUCCACAAAUGGCAAAGUCCCUUAUCUGCAGAAUUUCCUGCACCUCUUUUGCGUUUGUGUACCCGUUACCCCCCUGAACCGAAUUUGAAAAAAUAAUUUAAAAUGAAAACCAAAUCAUCCAUAUUUUUAUUCUUUGCCAUAAAUAAUGGGGUGGGGGUUGGUGAAUAGCAUGAUUAAAAGAGCAGAUGACCCUUUCUUUCCUUGCCUUUCUCCUCCACACACAAUAUCCAGGAAGGAGAGGGAGAGAGGGAAAAAGAUACACAAGCCUUGACUGCCAAAGACCGUGAAAACACAGUCUGCAAGGACUUCCUGUUUGUUUCCUGUUUGGGUUUUUUUUUUUUUGUCCCUAUUGGAAAUAGUUUGUGUGUGUGUCUGUGUGAGUGUGAAAGAGAGAGAGAGGGAGGGAGAGAGACUGACUGAGAGUCAGAAUCAUAUAUGAAAUAAAGCCCCAUAUUUAGCUCGGAGAUGUAUCUGAAUGAACAGAUAUAUGCAAGCGUAAACAUGAAUGAGGGGCUCUUCAUUGUGUGUUAACUGCUCUCUAAAAAAUUACCACGUAUUUAAUGAGGGCUCUAGUUAUACUUCGAGUUGUCUAUCUUAAGCAUUCACUUUCAUUAAAACUUCUGCUGCCAGGUUAAAGCUAUUAGUAGCCAUCUUGUAGAAGAGAACAGAUGUGAGUUUCACAAAUAGAGCCGCAAAUGUGAGCCACAGAUGUAGUUUUAAAAUUUUCUAGCAGCCACAUUAAAAGUGCAAAAAAAGUGAAAUUAACUUUAAUGAUGUGACUCUUGAUUUAACUCAGUCUAUCCAAAAUAUUAUCAUUUCAACAUGUAAUCAAUAUAAAGUUAUUAAUGAGAUAUUUGACAGUUUUGGGUACUGACUCUUCAAAAUCUGGUGUAUAUUUUACACUUACUACACACCUCCAAUCAGACUAGCCACACUUCAAGUGCUCGAGAACCACAUGUGGGUUGGCUGUUGCGUUGGACAGCAGGGCUAGCAUCCCUCUGCCGCUUCACAGUAUUGAGAAGGUCCACCUACAGCGUAUGUGUAUUUUCGUUGUUACAAGAGAAAAUGGAAACCAAACGCUACAUGUUACUUGAGUACUGCGGUGUUUCCCCAAGUGUAGGACACUAGGAUCAAGAGCGGCCCUGUGGAAAAAUAGAUUCGGUGAUGAAAUAAGUUAGGAAGGUUCUAUUCUAGUACCCCCUUUUGGAGAUUUACAUGGUGUGCUAACAUAGCACAGACUCUGAGAAAACUCUCUUGGGUAAAGGAGCCUAUUGGAAGUUGGCUUCUGUGUCUGUAAGGUUCCACCUCCUGAGUGUGACUGUUACCCAGCUACCACUAUAACAACAUGGUUAGUCUGGCAUGGUACAUUUAUGGUAUGCUUAUAAUAUUUUUUUUCCUCCCGAGGUGUUCUAACACCCCUUGCCUCCCCCGCGCUUACCCUGCCAGGCCCAUGAAAGAUACCAGAACAAUGGUUCUGUCCCUGAGUAUUUAUCCCUAUUAAUUAUCUUGCCCUCACAAAAACCUGAGGUCAUUCUUUACUACACUUUUGGGAACAAGAAUUCUGGAAAUUGCCACAAGUGUCUCUGCGUAAGGAAAACUGUGUCUUCCCUUCCUCCAGCCUUUUCAGAGCCUAUCUCUACUUAUUCUUUGUAUUCAGAAUCACCCGAGAGCCAAGAUAUGUCUUCUUGAUCUAGAACCACCUACUAAAUUGAAACCGGCAGAUGGCUGUAAUGUCUUGUAUGUGGACACAGAUUUUCAGAAAGUACCCAAAUACACACCUUCCUCUCAUUCUUUCAGAAAUGAUGAGCACUCUACAAAGAUGAGGGGAGAAACAUCUGAAUGUGUAUCUGUGUAAACACGGAAUAGUUUCAUAAGUAGAGUAAUACCGUUCCUGCUAAUGCUUUUUUAAAAAAUAUUUUGUGUGUGGUGUUAAUUUACAUGCUUUAAUGUGUACUGUUAUUGUAAAGUGUGUAAAGUAGUUGUGAUAGCAAUCAGUUUGAAGAAGAUAUACACUAUACUUGACAACUGUCAAUCUUUAGCAAAUGAUCUCUUUGCCUUUGUUUUAGUGGGACCUCUGACGCUGCCCCCGUAAGUUUUGUUUUACGAUCUGUACUUAAGUGGCAAUUACCAGUUAAAUAACUUCUAUCGCUGAAUUUGGUCCAAGUUGACUGUAGUAAUGCUUAUAUGUGGAUGUAUUUAAAUAAGAUUGAUUUAAGUGAUCUGUUUUGUCUCUGUUUUUUAGCACUUUAGUAUUUCAACAUUAGAGAUGUCUUCUGAAGACUCUAGUAGCAGUAGAAUCCCUUCGCCCUUGAAAACGCAAAUUAUACCAUGAGUUUCAUAUAGGCUUUCCAGAAGUAGGAGUGGAACAUUCUAAGUGCAAAAGUUUGGCUUUAGAAUCUGUCUGAUUAGGAGGGGCAGCCCAUUCCCUAGAAAGGUAACAGCCUUCCCAACUUUGAACGUCUCGGGGAGCUCUACUUGGAAAAGAAGUCUGAAUUUUAAUCUCAUGGAUUUAAUGGCGCUAAAUUAACACAAAUUUUUUAAAUGGAUUUUGUAGAAUCCAACUAUUAGGGGAAAUCAUUUAGCUAAGCCAUAUACUGGGGAAUAGCCAAACACCACGUGCUAGUUUUGGAAUGUGCAUUUCCCAAGUGAAUAGAAUUUACUUCACCAAAAAGAUUUUUUUGCAUAAUUCACAAUACUUACAGAAAUAUGAUUGUAUCACUGGAGAAAAAAAAAAGCUCACCUCUCUAAUGAUACAUUUCACAUUCACUAGCAAACUAGUGUAAUUCCUUAAUUAUUUGGGGGGAUGCAAAAAAAUAAUCUGUCCAUAGAAUAUAACUGCUUAUUCCUAACUGUAUUUAGAAAUGAAUAUAUACUAUUAUUUAAAGUACUAUUGAAUUUUGAAGAACUGCUCAAUAAAUUCGUAUUAUUAAUAAAAUUGUAUCUUUACAUUUGCCUCAGCACAAAUGCAGUUAAAAACAUAAAUUUAUUUUAAAAUACACCAAAUAAUACAGAUUAGUUAUCAUGACUUUAAAAUUCUAAUUUCCAAUAGCAUUAAAUCCCACACCAGUUAUGUGUUGUAUAUAACUAAAAUGUUGAAAGUCUUGCACACAAAAUGAGAGGCUUCUUCAAAAAUGCCUUUUUUGCCAAAAACAGGUUCUACGACCUAUCGCUAAUUAUUAUAUUUCUUUAGGGGUACUUUGAAGCGCUUUCAAAGACGUAUCUGUAGCAGUUAGAUCUAAAUUUAGAGCAGAACAUUCUGUCAGAUACUUUGCCAUAUCACAAAAUGUUGUAGUACUGUAUUUUAUAAUAAAACCAAAUUCUCAAGUAUUCUGAUAUAUUACAUAUUAUUAUACCAAAAAACCACUUUCUAGCUGUCUGUUAUUGUGUAUAUAAUAUUUUAAGAAAAUAAUGUGUAUUUCAGUCCAAGCAAGAAAGUAUAAUGCAAUACGUGACAUUCAGUUGAUCUUUAGUCAAAAUCCAUUUAGGUAUUUGACAGGGAAACUAGCAAUCCUAAGCUUGAAUGUAUACAUUAUUCUCAAGAACAAAAUGGCAAACGAGAAUACAUAAAGACAUAGUCACUGGGGCAAGUUAGCUGGUGUGCAGAUUGAAAAGGAUCAACUUGCCAAUGCUCGUCAGAGUUUUUGUUAUUGAUUGUUCCUGGAAGGGGAACUGCUACAGUCAGUUGAUGUUGCCUCCCCUUAGGUAGGGGACUUGCUCACAGUGCAUGGUAUAGUGAAAUCUCUUUGGAAGCAGGGUUGAGUCAGAAGCUUAGAGAUGCACCUCACUGUCUUUAAAACUGCUGUUACAAUGUUCUGAACACUGUGAUCUUUCCAAAUGUGUUUUCUAUAUUUGUUUUGUACUGUAGAAAAUAAUACGCCAGAAACUGGACUCUGUAGUGUUUCAAGCAACGUUAUUUAUUGGCUUAUUGCCCCCCACAUAUUUAUGUAGUUUACUUAAUAAUAUAAAACCUGUGAUAAUCCUUUGCCUUAAAAAUAAAAUCUAAUGCUAAAUAUUGAGUGUGUUCUAAUAAUUUUAAGCUACAAAUUAAUUUUUCCUUUAACACUUAAGACAGUGUCAAAUAAAAUAUUACACGAAUACUC